AUGACCAGAUCACCUGCUUCACCACGUCUAAUUAAAAAAAGAGCAAUUAUACGUAGAGCAAAUUCAAGGAUUGUUCCAGUUCAUACAAAAUACUCAUCAGAAAGUUCAAUUGACUAUCAAAGAUCCAAUAAAAAAAAUGAGGAGAAAACUGAUGAGAUAUCUAAUGAAUUAGAAGUGAUUAAUACCCAGUUUCAAGAAACAUUGAAUCAAUUCUCAAAAAGGUAUCAAGAUUCUACUGUGGCACUUGCUGAGAAGUCACAUCUUCUAAAAAGGAAUCAAGAAUUGAUGCAUGCUAUUGCAUCUAAAGAAGCUGAAAUAGAAUAUUUAAAAGGUGAAUUGUGGGAAGCAGGAAAUAAAAUACAAAAUUAUGAAUUUGAUAUUAAAGAUUUGAUUGAACAGCAACAUGAACCAUUGGCUUUAACACAUGAGGAUUUGUCAAGAAUUGAAAGAGAAAUUGAUGAUAAAGAAGCUUUAGUUUCUAGAAGUCUGUUAAAUAGAGUUAAUGAACUUUGUAAAGAAAAUGAACAGUUAAAAGAACUGUUUCAAGAAAAUCAAGUAGUUGUGCCAGGUGAAACUAUGCAACAAAUGGAAGAGAUGAAAAAAGAAAUUGAAAAAUUAAAAGAAAAAGAAAAGACAUUGGAGUUUAAGGAAAUGGCACUUAAAGAAAUGGAAGGAUUGAAAAAAGAAGUGAGUGAUUUGAGAGAUAGAGAAACAGAAGAUUUUAUUAAAAUAGAUGAAUUAGAGCGAAAAUUAUCUGAAGCAAAUGAAGAAAUUGAACAGAUUAAUUUUUCUAAAACAGCAUCAUUGGAGAAACUGACAGAAGAGAUGAAUAUAAUGAAGUAUACAUAUGAGUCACAAAUAGAAAAAAUUAAAAAAGAAGCUAAUUCAAAGGAGGCACGUGAAACUAGAUUUAGGAAAUUACAGAAUGCACUUGAUAAGGUAGAAGAUAUGGCUAAUAAUAGUUCACCAGAAUUUGAAAAAAUAUAUAAUGAUUUACGAAGAAUGCGACUUUUGCAACCAAAGAAAAGGCGUAAAUCUGUUACAGAUAUUACUAGUAGUAAAGAUUUAUAUGGAUAUAGCAAAGAACCUCCUAGGUCUCCAACAACAACAGCAAAAUCCUUAAAAAGAUCUACAUCACAAUCAUCUAUUGGUGCAUUACCACGUUCAAAUGUUAGUCGUACAGCAAGUCCAACACCUUCAAUAGUAUCAAAUAUUAGUGCCAAGAGUGGAAGGACAGAUUUAACAGAAGAUGAGGCAAUUCAAGAAUACAUUGAUGAAUUGAAUGAUAAAAAUACCAAAUUAGAAGAUGAGCUUAGAGAAAUGAAAGAAAAAUUUGAGAAAGAUUCAAAUAUAUUGAAUGAAGAUAAAAGUAAACUUGAGGAAGAAAUUGAAAAUCUUAGAAAAGAGUAUAAAGUACAAAAAGAAGAACAUGACCGUAAAAUGCAUGAAAUGGAAGAGUUGUUGUUGGAGAUGCCACCAGAUGCAACUGAAUCCAGCUCUACUGCAAAUGUUAGCAGUCCUGUGCCACCACAACCUAUGCAAUCCAUUACUAACUUAUUAAAUGAAAUAGAAACCAAACAAUCAAUUAUUGAAGAAUUAGUAGCAAAAUUAAAAAGAAAAGAGGAACAAUUAGAAUAUUAUCAAAAUGCAUAUCUUUUAAAGACAGAAGAAUUUGAGGAUUAUGUUGAAAAAACACAAGCAGCACAAAGUAUAGCAACCACCAAUACCACAACAGCAACAGUAAUUGGUGAUAAUGUGAAUGAUUUAUCAUCACUACCUAUUACCAGUGAUAUUAUGGAUUUGUUUGGAAUUCUUGGAGAUAAUCAAGAAAUAUCAGCUAUUGAACAGCUUAUAGCACAACUGGAAAGAACUAUAGUUGAAAGAACUAUGCAACGAGAUGCAGCACAUCAAAGAGCAACAGAAGCAGAAGCAAAAUUGGUAGCAUUGUCUAGAGAAAAAAUGAAUUGGGGAAGUGGAUAUGACACAUCAGUUAAGAAAUUAAAAGUACAAGUUCAACAUUUACAAGAGUUAUUGCAAAUGGAACGAAAAGCAAACAUAAGAAAAUUAAAUCGUGAGAACAAUAGUAGUAAUAAACAUGAAAAACUUUGUAAUCAGAUUGAGUUUUUAACUAGAGAAAAUAUUAAGUUGAAAUCGGAACUAGUUAUUUCUGAGGAGAUUAGAAAAUUGACACAUGAUAACACAUUAAAAAUUUUACAAAAAGCAAACAAAUCCAGUUUAAUAAUAGACAAUAGUGACAUAGUUGAAAUAAAAAAAUCAAUCACUGAUAAAGAAAUGGAGAUUAACAUGUUGAAAGGAAAAUGUAUAGGACUUGAAAGUGUGAUUAAGAAGCAACGUGAAUUGUUAACAUCAAUUAUUCCGUCAGUUUUUAGUGGUAGUAAUGAUGGUGGGUAUUCAUUAAAAAAUGUUAACAAAGUUCUUUCCAUUGGAAAGGAAGAGGAGGAAGUUGAUGAUCCUAUAAUAGCUGAAGAGGUAAAUGAAAACAUGUUGAAACAUUUCAAUCAAUUAAAAGAAGAAAAUACAAUAUUUAGAAAAGCAUUCAAUUCAUAUAAACAACAACAAUAUGAACAACCAAAUCAAAAAUAUAAAACUAGCGGUACUAAUAAUAAUAUAAAUUCGUUAACAGUUGGUGUUCUAACAUCUAAAGUAACAGAAAUGGAAACACAAUUAUUAAAUCGAGAAAAGAAAUUACAAGAAGUUAUUGAUGAGAUCAAAAGACGUGGUGAAGCACAAAUAGAAAGGUUAAAAUCAAAAUGGAAUCUCAAUUCAUAA